ACACUGAUCAUUUUCUCAGAGUUCAGAGGCAGCGGAGGGCUGUGUGACGGUGAAGUACAGCCUGGCAGGGCAUCCCUCUCAGAACCAGGUCCACUUCAGUCUCAAACCUGCAGAGGACACUGGAUUAACACUCCACAGGUUGGCUGCUCGGACUCGAAUUCGCUCUCUGGAGAUGGAGGAGAGUGAGAGCAGAGGAGAGCAAGAAGAAGGAUUGAAGAAAAAGGUGGUGGAGCUUAGUGUCCAAUCAGGAGUGAGCAGUGCCUUCACUGCCUUCAUUGCUGUCAACAAAGGAGACGGAGAGGUGAUUCAAGGACCUCUGGUCCUCAGAAAUGUUCCCGUACCCAGGAUGAUGGCCUGUUAUAUGGCUAUGCCACAGUGCAGGCAGUCCAUACAUCCUGUAAUGAAUGACAAGAAGGCCUCGAGUAGUCUUCGGUCUGCUUCGUCCCGUCCUCCUAAGAGUAAUUGUGAGUAAACCGCUGAAUAGCAGUGUAACACACAUCAGUUUCUCUAUUAGAAAAUAUUACUAAAUAUAACUUACACUGACUCAGGAUCAUCUUAGUCAGUCAUGGCUUGUCCUGAGAUUCAGAGGUAGACAUGGAAACUGUAUGUUCGCAGUUUAAUGAAUUUGGGGAAUUUCUGACUUUUCAUCCAGUGUAUUUUUAUUCAGUCAAACUUUUUACAUGUCCAAUACUUUCAUUAAUGACCAAAUACCUGCAAAACUAAACUAAACAAAGCCUCAGUUUAGUCCUUAGAGUACUUAUCUUUUCUGGCUUAGUACAUCAGCAUGUUAACAUUGUCAUUGUGUGCAUGUUAACAGGUACAGUUAGUUCAGCCUCACACAGCUGCUAGCAGGACUGUAGACUCCUUUCACUCCUGUCUGGUUCUUUAUUAAUUAUCUGCAAAAUUCUCAAAGUCAAGACAAAAAAAACAUGCUAACGUGUUAAUUUAAUUUG